AUGCCAAGGAAUCCAACGCCGUACGGCUCCGUGCACCGCGGCUCGUGGACCAAGGGCGCGGCAGCAGCACCAAGGUGGACGUCUGAAGAGCUCAAGCUCUACGGCGCGUGCCACGUGAGCUCGCCCGCCUUCUUCAUGUGCGACGACGCCACGCACGGCAGCUUCAGCGACUUCCUGGAGGAAGACGCGGGGCGCGCAGCGCUGGGGCUCGGCUACCUGCACGCGGAGAAGGUGGUGCACGGCGACCUCAAGUGCACCAACCUCCUCGUGGGCAACGACUACAAGGCCAAGCUCUGCGACUUUGGCUUCUCGUACGUGCGCAGCCAGUCGGCCAUCCGCUGGAAGGCGCCCGAGUGUCUGGUGCCGCCCAAUGAGGAGGCCAAUCCGCAGUUCAACCCGCGCUUCGCCUCGGACGUCUACUCGCUCGGCAUGUGCAUCGUGGAGGCUUUCCAGGGCGAGGCGCCGUACGGACUCCUGGACGACGACGAGAUCAUGACGAGGCUGUUUGAACUCGAGCCGUACCCGCGUCCAGGCAACAUGCAGGACGACGAGUGGGCGCUGGUGGAGCGCAUGGUGCAGCCGGACUGGAGGAAGCGUCUCUCGCUGCAGGACGCGAUUGACGGGCUCAAGGCCAACAAGGGGUUCAUACGGAGACUCACGAGCAAUCGCAAGGUCGUGGAGGGGAUCCUGGAGUUCCUCUUGCGCAUGGACGAUCUCUUCAAGCUACUAAACUUGACCCACGUCGCGGAGAUGUCCAAGUGGAAGCACGCGAUGAAGGAGGAGAUCCACAGAACGGGGAACAAGAUCAAAGAGGGAAUUGCUCAGCUUGUGGUGGUGCUGCGGUGCACUCAUGGUGAAGCUGGACCCGAAGUGGGGCUGCUGGCCAAGACUUUCAACAAGGUGAUCGACGAUGUGGAUUUUGAUCUUCAAGAAUGCUUCGACUUAGGCUCCUACGGCUCCGUCCACCACGGCACAUGGGGGAAGGGGACGAACGUGGUGAUCAAGUGCCUCUUAGCGGAGGACCAGGACGAGAAGGCGAGCGACUCGUUCUACACGGAGGCUGCGCUUGGGCUGUUCUUCCUCCACUCGCAAAAGGUAGUGCACGGCGACCUCAAGUGCAGCAACAUCGUGAUUGGAGCCGACAGGAGAGCCAAGCUGUGCGACUUCGGCUUUUCGUUCAUCAGGGCUCAUCCGAACUCGGUGUUCAAUCCACGGUUCGCAUCCGACGUGAACUCGUUCGGCAUGUGCAUCGUUGAGGCUUUCCUGGGACAUCCGCCGUACGAAUUGGAAGCCGAAACGGUGAUGGAGAGGAAAUUGAAUAAUGAGGUGUACCCCCGCGUGGUCGGCAUGUCCGAUAAGGAGUGGACUUUCGUGGAGCGGCUCCUCGAUCCAGACUGGGAGACGCGCAUGUCCCUAGCGGAUGCGAUCGACACGCUGAUGAUGUUUGCGGACUGA